AUGCCUACAUCAAUCACAUUCUCCAACACUACUAAGGGUGCUUCUGCCCAUUCGAUUUACAGUCGAUCCCAGAAGAAAUCGAAGCCAAGUCUGACCCAGACCUACUACAUGGCUCACUCUGCGCGCUCGAAGUUGUCGCGGGAAGCAGCCAAGGGUGAUCACGAUCUGAGACUCUUGGUUUUGCACGCGAAUACUCUUGACCAUCUCAUGGAGGACCUCUCAAAUGCUGAGGCCGAUCAAGAGAGAUGGUUCAACAAGACCGUUUCUUCUCCACGAGAGGAGGAGGAAGAGGAGGAGGAAUCACAUGUUGAGACGAUUGCAGAGGAGGAUGAGGAUGACUCGCAGAUCACAGCCGUCGAAGUUGACUCUGAUAUGGAGGAAGAUGACGAGACCGACGUUGAGCUCACUCUUACUCGGACACCAUCGAGACACUCCCCUCCGGCUCUCACAAUCGACUCCGACUCCGACUCGGAGGACGAGAGCAUGCCUCCAUCACCACCUCAGCCAACAUUCGAACUCACUGAACAACAACGACAAGCCAUUGCCACGACAUCAUUCUACGACCCCAAGGACGUCUCACUAUCGCCAGUCGACUCCGAAGCAUUCGAGUCAGAAGGAUUCUACCUUCCUUCAAGGCAACAACCAACUCUAAUCGCGGCGUACUAG